GGGUCUCGGGCCCCCAGGCGGAGCGGGCGGGCGCCGGACCCCCAGGCGGAGCGGCGGGGCUCGGGCCCCCAGGCGGAGCAACAGGUCUCGGCCCCCCCCAGGCGGAGCGGCGGGCACCGAGACACCAGGCACGACAGUGGGCUCCGAGUCAAUGGUAUGACCGCAGGCACUGGCGGGCAUCGGGUCACCAGGCAUCAGGUCAUUUGGCUCGACAGCGGGCACCGCGUCAUCUGGCAAGGCAGUGGGCUCCGAGUCAACUGGUAUGACCGCGGGCGGGCACUGGGCGGGCAUCGGGUCACCAGGCAUCAGGUCAUUUGGCUGGCUCGACGCGGGCACCGCGUCAUCUGGCAAGGCAGUGGGCUCCGAGUCAACUGGUAUGACCGCGGGCACUGGGUCAGACAUUGGAUCGUCUGACUGGACAGCGGGCAUCGGGUCACCAGGCAUCAGGUCAUUUGGCUCGACAGCGAGCACCGCGUCAUCUGGCAAGGCAGUGGGCUCCGAGUCAACUGGCAUGACCGCGGGCACGGGGGCAGACAUUGAAUCGUCUGGCUGGACAGCGGGCAUCGGGUCACCAGGCAUCAGGUCAUUUGGCUCGACAGCGGGCACCGCGUCAUCUGGCAAGGCAGUGGUCUCCGAGUCAACAGGCACGACAGUGGGCACCGGGUCAUCAGGUACCGGAUUGUCUGGCUCGACAGCGGGC